AGCUCUGCCCGACAGUGAAAUAACGGAGGCGAUUAGACCUAUGCUCCAUUAUAAACUUACACAACUACUGUUCCCCAACCAAUGGUCUAAACCAUAGUCCUGGUUUUUAUCUGCAACUAAGAUUCUUUUGAAAUACUUUUUCAAACAAGUAGGAUUAUUCCAUAGAACAACAGGAUUAUUUUUACCCCCAAUCACGUGAAUAUUUGAUGCAUUUCCAUGAGAAAUGUGUAUCUGAAGAAAUUCAAGAUCGAUUUUCUGCAAAAAAUCUGUUUAUAUGGCCCCCUUUUGUAUAACUAGUUAACACCCGAAGACACGAAGAGAGACCGACGGGGCGGAAGAAGAAAGCGAGAAACAGCAACAGCAGGACAAACUGAAGAUAAAAGAUCAUUCCAAGAUUUUCAUACCUGUGGAGAAGCUUUCUAACACCCUCUUCAUAAUGCUGCUGCUGCCAGUGAGUCUUGCCUUGAAGAUCCUCACUAGAUGGAAAAUGCUGACCUCCUAACCAUUUCUGCAAUUCAGGAAAAAGAUGGAAAUCCUUCGACGUCAGGAUCGAGACGAUGGGCAAAAAUGUCCGAUUGAACUUGUUUAAAGUUGUUGUUUAGCGCAUAGUACAGUUUUAAUAAGCCUUUUCCGAUCGAAUAAUUUAUUUAUGUUAUCGUUCUCGUCUUCUUUAUCAUUUAAUAAUUAAACGCAUAUCUAUUUUUAAUUGUUGUACACCAAUCUGCACCAUUAAUUGCGGUAAUGAGACAAUUACCUUGCAUAAAAGCAAACGCAUAGUACCAAGUAUACUCAAAAUAAAAAAAUUGUAUGCAUGGUGCAAGGUUACAAAAGCACAUUCUUCAAAACCAACUUGGAAGGACCCAAAAUGUAAACUGCAAUAUGUGUCUGCUAUACACAUUGAAAAUGGAUCAAGUAUUUUUUAUCUUUAGAGUUCGCGUCGUUUUUUUAUCUUAUCCUACUGCUCGAACUGUAACUUAUAUUGUUAGAUACUGAGCAUUGACAUUCAGUGACAAUGCGCAUUUUAACCGUGGUGCUUCCGUUACUGUUUGCGCAGACGGUGUAUUUAAAGGAACUCCUUCUAAAGGUGCGAGUCAAACAGGGUGAGCUUCGAGGAACGGAAAAAAGAACCUGGGGAUCCCGUAGCUAUGUGGCAUUUUAUGGCAUCCCUUAUGCGGAACCACCUGUGGGAAGCAGACGAUUUCAGGCCCCGGUGCCAGCGAAAGGUUGGAAUGGUGUUCUAAAUGCGACCACUCCUGGUCACAUCUGCCCGCAGAGAGAUAUGUUCAUCAACGAUGUCACAAUACGCGGAAACGAAAAUUGCCUUUUUCUCAAUGUGUACACUCCAAAGAUCAACAGCCAGCAGUUGUUACCAGUGAUUGUAUACAUCCAUGGUGGCGGUUUCAUGGCCGACAGUGGAGAUCCCAGAUUGUAUGGUCCUGAUAUACUGCUUGACAAGGACCUUGUCUACGUGACAAUGAAUUACAGGAUUGGCGCUUUGGGUUUUCUCAGUCUAGAAGACGACGUGCUACCAGGAAAUAACGGAUUAAAAGACCAAAAUCUAGCGCUGCGGUGGGUCAAAGAAAACAUCGCCGCAUUUGAAGGAAAUCCCAGUAAAAUUACUAUUUUUGGUAAUUCAGCGGGUGGCGCUAGUGUGUACCACCACAUUUUAUCGCCGCUAAGCAAAGGAUUGUUCCAUGGUGCCAUAUCUAGCAGCGGAAUUGCGACCGCAACAUGGGCAGUAGCGCAGAAGGGAGAAGCAAAACGAAACGCUCAACGAUUGGCAAAGUUUUUGAACUGUCCGACAUCUUCGAGCCAUUCCAUUCUGAAAUGUUUGCUUAAAAUUGAUGCACUCGAUAUAGUUGAGCAAAAUGAUAAAUUUAUGGAAUUCAACUAUGACCCUGCCAUACCCCAUAAACCUGUAAUUGAACGUGAUCAUGCCGGUGCAUUUCUCAGCGCUCAUCCAGUUGAUAUACUUAAAUCUGGAAUCUUUGCCCAUGUACCUUAUAUGAAUGGGAUUACAACUGACGAUGGGGGACUCAAAUCAGCCUCUAUUUAUAACAACUACAGCUUAGUCGAGCGCUUGGACAAAGAUUUUGAUCACAUUGCUCCUAUGGUGCUUCAUUACGAUCAUUUACCUUCAAGCCAAGAGCUUUCUAGAACAAUAAGAAAAUUUUAUUUCCAGGACAGGUCUAUUGACAACAACACCAAGGCAGAAGUUACAAACAUCGUUACAGAUCCAUUGUUUUAUUAUCCUCAACGGGUGACAAGUCUGCUGCAUUCCAAAUACACGAAGCUUCCCGUAUACUUCUACUUAUUUGGGUAUCGGGGAUCUGUUAGUAUGUCCCAGAUUAUUGGCGAUCCUGAACAUGAUUAUGGUGCAAUCCAUGGUGAUGAUUUGACCUACCUCCUCAGUAACACCUUUUAUAAAGGUUAUAAUCCGACAGAGUCCGAUUUAAAGAUGAAUGACAUUAUGACCACUUUGUGGUACAACUUCGCAAAUACUGGGGAUCCUACUGCCGAACUCAACUCGGAUAUAAAGGCCAGAUGGGAACCUGUAGAGAAUGGUAACUUUAAGUAUUUCGCCAUUCAUGAUGUAAAUAACAUAAGAAUGGACGAUAGCUUGUUUGAAGAUAGAUUUGAGUUUUGGGAAAAAUUGGGUGUACAUGACUUCGGUAUUAAAACAAAGGAAGAAUUGUAAUUAAAACGUACGCAAUUUUAUUAUACCAGAGUUGUAGUGAUAAUAAUACUAUUACAUCAUCUGAAAGA